AUGACGGCCGACAUGCUGAAGGAGCUGAUCCAGUCUCUAAGCACACCCCGACCACCAAGCACCGGCGGAUCCUUUGCGAAGUGUACCGCCAGGUUCGACGGGAAAGGCGACGCGCAAGCUUUUGUGGAUAACAUCACGACGUACAAGGACUGCACGGCGAUUUCCGAAGAGAACGCCCUAACAGGUAUGUCAAUGUUGUUAGACAAGGACGCCGCGACCUGGUGGCAAGGGACUUUCGGGCCGCAGAAACCACCCCACAAGCUACUUCGCGAGCUAUUCGAGACAGAACAGGGACCCAGCGAUCCAACCAUGCUGUUCAUCUCCAAAAAACGGGCCAUCCUAUCUCGAAUAGAGGACGAGAUCAGCGAGGCUGUCCAACUUCAUAUGGUGUACGGCUUACUUACUACACCGACGGAUCCGGAAAAAGAUCACCCGCACGUCUUUCGACACCUUCGAGGACCUCCAUCGCGAGCUUCGAAAGAUCGAAGAUGA